GACUUGGACUUCGGCCGACAAGCUCAACAAGCUCGCCGCAGUUGGUCGCGACUCUCCCGCCGGGUCCCUGCAAAUCGUCGGGGGCGCCGUGGUGGCGGCCGAGGAGAAGAAGUCCUGGGAGUCCCGGCACGUCAUGGCGGUCCUCGACGGCCUUGAGGCCAUCCGCCUGGCAUGGGUCCUCACGGGCCUGGGCGCCGAGGAGGACGUCGACGCCUACAUCUCCUGGGGGGACAAGAAGGUCCGCGCCAGGAAUGUGAACAUCGUGGCCCUGGUCCAAUACUGGACCUCGACCGCGACGACGCUCGCCAUGGAAAUGCGCCAACGCCGGACCUUCAAGGAGGUCACGUCGGGCGUCAUGUCCGACAUCUCGGCGUUCCUCGAGGCCAUGGCCGCACCGCCGCCGCGGCCCGAGCCCAAAGGGAAGACGAAGCCACAGCCGCCGAACAGGCGUGAGCUUGACACCGCCACGGUCGACCCCCCUCCCCCUCCCCCCCCCAAGAAGUUCAAAGGGGAGAAGGGGAAGAAAGGACGCCCAAUGGGCGAGCUGGUCCGACCACUCCUGGGACGGCUCCUCGGCGGCCUGGUGGUCGGGGAACGACGCCAACCAAGACUGGUCGUCCAGUUCGGGCGGCCGUGGCCAAUGCCAGAAGACCGGCGGGAAGCGUCAAGGCCAAUGGCAGUGGCGCUAGGACAACACGUGGCCGGCGCGGCGGCUUCGGAACCCGACCAGCCCUUGGCCAAACGCCCGCGUCUCAGCACCAACCGCCCUCGCGACAUCAUUCUGCUCUCCGCCUUCGACGGCAUUGGGGCGGCGCCGUACAUUGUCGACCGCGACUUUGGGCGCCCUCGCCUGGCCGUGUCCUGGGAGGUCGACCGGGCGUGCAAGGCCCUGGUACAGCAGGCCAUGCCGUGGGUUGAGCACAGGGGCGACCUCACCCGCGACUCGCCUAAGGACGUGGCCGACCUCGUCCUGGAAGCUGACCCCAACGCCGAGGCGAUGGUCUUGUGGUGCGCCGCCCCGCCGUGCCAGGACUUCUCGCGGAUCGCCAAGGGGGCGGGUCACCAGACCGAGCGCGGUCGCCUCUUCGAGGACUCCGUCGCCUUCAUGGACGAGCUCCGCUCCGUCCUCCGCCAGCAUCGCUUCGCCUUCCUUUACGAGAACGUGGAGAUGGAUGCGGAGGCGGCUAAGGUGUCGUCCGAUGCUCUGGGCGUGUCGCCCGUCUUCGUCUGCCCUUCCGACUUCGGCUGGGUCUCUCGCCCGCGCCUCUGGUGGUUAAGCGUGGAAUGGUCCAGGGUGGUCACCGACCCCGCCGACGGCUCGCCCCUGGAAUGGGCGAAGAGAGGUCGUUGGGACCGCCUGCGCCUGACAGCCGCCCUGUCGGCGGCCGAUUCCUUCGAGCUCGGCGGCGGCCUUCAGUUUCAUUCGUCGGUGGCCCAGGGGCGUAAGCUGAUGCCUUGUGCCACGACACCGGCUCACGGACGACGGGCGGCCAAAGCCGCGCUCCACCAGGGGGCAUACGCCUCGAGACGCCGACGCCCGCUGGGCGGAAGGGGGCCGCCAGUUCGCCCCUUGGCCGUCGAAGCCAUGCUCCAGGAAUUUCGGGGCGUGCACCACAUUCCCCCGCCAGAUGUGAAGGAGCAGCUCCACCACAUCCCCGCCGGGUACACGGCCACGGCGGGAGCCGUCUGGUCGCGCCGAGGCUGGGACUUCUCACCGCCGCCUACGCCAGCCCUCCUGGGCGCAGGGCUGGAUGAGGAUGCACACUGGGCGGCGGCGACCGGCGGUCCUCCAGUUUCGCCGGAGUGGCGCCACGACCUCGUCCGCAUCCGCGCCGAGGUGCUCAGGGAGCUCCAGGAGAUGGUCGACGACGCCGCGGAGGAUACGACCGCCUGGCUGGCGACUCUGCCCCCACACGUGAGGGCGACCUACGAGACGAGCGAUAGGCCCCGGCCCUUUCAGGGGCCUAUCUUCGACCGUCUGCUCGGGGACCUGGGGUACCCGGCUACGGACGACCUCCGACAGGACGUGACCGAGGGCUUCGACAUGUUGGGCCGAGUCCGCGCCGCCCCGGGCUGGAAGCCGCGCUCUGAUGAGCGUUACGCUCGCCCCAAAAAACUGGACAGGCUGCGCCGGGAGAACCGCCAGUAC